AUGGAUUGGUCAACAUGCUUAAUAAUAUUGAGCGGCAUAGUCCAUAUAACGAUAUGCAAAAAUUGUGUCAUCGACAACCGUUCUGUGAACUUUGACUGGGAAAAGAAACUGCAUGAAGACCUCAGCAAAUGCUAUAAUUCAUUUGAAGCACCUGCCAAUAACACAAUAAUCAAACUGAGUAUUGAUAUGAAAUAUUUCACAACAGACGAGGGUGAUGGUUCUCUUUCUAUGCUUAGUUAUGCUACGGUCACUUGGCUCGAUGAAAGACUUAAAUGGAAUCCAAAAGACUACUUCGAUAUAACAAAUAUAGAUUACUGGGGUUACGAGUAUUGGACACCGACGAUAGUAGCAACCAACAUAGCUGAAGUAGAUGAUUAUUAUAUGUAUGGAGUGUGUACAUUAAAAUUUACUGGUGAUAUUUUAUGUGUGCAAAAGAAGGUAUAUAAAGCUCGUUGUAUUCAUUAUAUUACAAAUUGGCCAUAUGAUGAAUUGAUAUGUACUCUUAAUUACGCCAUAAAACACUUCGGAAAUAGUGACUCCAUACUCGUUCCAAGAUGGAACAAAACUGCUGACAUAUUUGGAGCUGAAUAUGGAGACGAAUGGAUCAUUGUUGAUUAUGUAGAUACUUUUAACGUUACUGAGAAAAUUCAAAUUAGAUUAACAUUUACUCUUGUACGUAACGGUGAAGUUAUUGCAUCAGUGAUAAUAUAUCCUAUUGUUAAUUUAAUAUUAUGCAAAAAUUGUGUCAUCGACAACCGCUCUGUUAACUCGUACCGGGAAAAGAAAUUACUUGACGAUCUCAGCAAAUGCAGCAGCCCAAUAGAAGCACCUUCCAAUAAUACCAUAGUCAAAUUGAGGAUUAUCAUGAAAUAUUUCAUAAUAGACGAAUACGACGACUCUCUAUUUGCGUAUUGUUACGCCGUUACCACCUGGAUAGACGACAGAUUAAAGUGGAUUCCAAAAGACUACUACGAUAUUACAGAUAUAGAGUUCUGGAGUUACCAAUAUUGGAUGCCGCCAGUAGUAUUGAUCAACACAGGAGAAAAAGAUGAUUACGUGUAUUAUGGGAUGUGCAAUUCAAAAUGGACGGGAGAAGUUUUCUGUAUGCCGAAGAUAGAAAGCAGAGGUCAGUGUAUUUCUUAUGUCACAAACUGGCCAUAUGAUACAAAGAUAUGCACUCUCAGUUAUGGCCAACGUUACGACGAAAGAAGUAACAUUAUACUCGUUCCUUUAUCAAACAAGACAGCUAGUUUGUUAGGUGCUGAAUAUGGUGCUGAAUGGAUUAUUACUGAUUAUCAAGACGAUUUUAACGUAACAAACAAAAUUAAAAUUAGAUUAACGUUCACUCUCGAACGGAACGCCGAAGGUCUUGCAUCAGUGACAAUAUGUCCGUCGGUUCUAUUAGCGAUACUGACACUUGUGACGAUUUUUAGAGACGUGAACAACUUCAAACGCUUCUGGAUGACGUGUUUCGUUGUCUUUUGUCAUAUUUAUUAUUUACAGACAUUGACUAAUCUAAUGCCUCGAUUUGAAAGUGAAGUACCGGCGAUAUUAAUUUUCUUUAGAUUUUCCCUGCUCAUGAGCAGUCUUUUGGUGAUUCUAACUUUAGCACUGAAGCAAUUUAAAUAUCGCAAAACAUCUCCUCCUGUUUGGGUAACGUCGGUUAAUAGUUUAGUGUUCAAUUAUUACGGUAAAUAUCUUAUUCUGCCUCGAUGGAAUGUUAUCAGUUCAGAAUCAGUAAAUGUGAAAAAUGUGGAAGCUUGGAAUGAUUUUGGUAAUAUACUUAAUUCAAUUUUGUUACUAAUCUAUACAUUUUUGUAUUUGAUAAUGAUGCUUGUUUACGUACCCAAGCCGCCACCUUUGGCGUUUUAA